ACGUAAGAAUCUCUUCCCUCAACAACCACACAAGAUCGAACAAACCCAAGGCAAAUUACUCGAGUCUUUCCCCAUCACCUCCAAUAGCACUCACAAACGGGUUACUCGUUGCAAAUUACUCGAGUGCCUCAAUAGAAACCCUGAAUCUCUAGCAUUUUUAGCAUUUGAUCAUAAUCAAGGAGUGGACAUCAAUGGCCAGUAGUGUUAACACUUCACCUCUAAUUUUACCAGUUGGUAUCAAAAUUCAGCCUCAAGCUCAUGUUAAGCAUACUGGACCAAACAUUGUUGGGAUGAAACCCUUACCAUAUAACAUUAGGAAGGAAGAUCGUAUGAUUUCUACAUUACAAAGUCCAUCAUCUCAUAUCACAUGUGCUGCUGCUUUGGAUACUAAAUGUGCUGCAACUGCAAGUGCAACCCAAACAGUAACCCGCAAUGCUCGGUCAAUGACUAUUACUCCUGACAAAGUUAAGUCCCCUCAACUUGAUAACAAUGGACCUGGACUGCCACCUCGUGACGAUGAUGGUGAUGGUGGCAAUGGAGGAGGUGGAGGUAAGUUUUCGGGUGGACUCCAGCUUUUGGGUAUUCUUGGUAUCCUAGAUGUUCUAAAGGACAUUGAGAAUCAAUGGCAACGCAAGCACAAGAGACGAUCUUGAAAAUCAGGCUUUACAUGGUGGCAGUGCAAUUGCUUUACAAACCUAUUGUGAACUCGCACGAUGCGUAGAAGAUGCUGUCUACAGUCUAUACAAAUAGAGUUAGUUUUAUGGGGGAAUUCAUUUGGAUGGAAUACAUAAAAUGCUUAUAGAAACUAAUUACUGAGAGAAAUAUGUUGAAUUUUUUUAUCAUGGGUUGUGAAAAUAGGAAUGACAAUGAGUAGAAUUUAGACACGAUAUUACAAUAUUUGUCCUGAAACUCGGACCAAGAUUUAGAA